AUGUCGGCGUUCCUUCGACUAACGGUUCUCUCGAUUCUGUUGCCUCUGGCGUUGACGCGACUUUUUUGCGGCCUCGACCCAUUCACCAACAAUUUCAUGGAACUCUUCGUCAAACUCGAUUGCAACCACACGCUUCGUCAGUUUUCACUUUCAAGAAUUUUGGAACCUCAAGAAAUGAGCGAGAAUGACAAUUAGGAACAAAUUUUGCCAACUAAAAGUAUUUUUCUCUCCAUUCAAACCUGGAAAAUCAUCUAGCUUGAUUUUCAUAAUUACACUUUCGAGUUCUACAACUCUAAAGGGGGUUUUUUUAAAGUCGCUUUGACGGGGCCUACGCGAGGGAAUUCGCCCAACGGCCCAAUUUUCAAAAACUACGAAAUUUUUCAGUGGAACACGUGGAUUGCUGCAAGGAUCACGGAAAAUGCUACGCCCACAGAAAAGCCUCGAUGGAAAAAUGCGACAACGAAUACUGCGCCUGCGUUUCGGAGCUCGCCAAAGAAGGUGUUUGCAAGGUUGGGUGAAAAAAUGACCUUUUUGGAAGUAAACAGGGAACUGAAUAGAUUAUAAAAGCAAAUUCGAAAACAUCGCGAAAAUUUUUGAAUGAACUUGUCUCGCGCAUUAAAUACUUCCCCAAAAGAACUACCUUGACAGUUUGAAUGAUUGUUGAAAACCUUUCACACUCUUUUUUUCGGGGGAUCUGGAUGAGGAUUCUUCAUAUUUACACCACCUUUUUCUUCAAAGAUAUGGAUUUUCAAUCGUGUGUUUAGUGCUGGACUGACGAGAAAAUGUGUUAGGUGUACACCGCAGAUCUGGUCCAAACUUCUCGGGUAGUCUUAAGUUUAAGUAUUCGAAAACGAAAAAAAAACUAUCUUCAGAAAAGAGCAGAGAAAGAGCACGUCAAAAAUGUAUAGGAAACACUCAAAAACUGAUUUUCUUGGUGUUUUGUGAACGCAAAGUUUCUUUCUCGUGUUGCUCAUAAUAGGGUAAAUCAUAUAACUCAUUCGAAACUGGGUUGGGACAGCGAACGGAAAAAAGUCAUUAAACGGGACUCUUAUGAAAGACGCAUGGAUAGUCUCCGUGAUCUACCAUCGGCGCGCAAGUUCACCGUCCCAAGACAGCCCUGAAUGGGCUAUUGUUAAGGAAAAAGUUCUUAUUGACAGAUAAAUCUUUUUGUUUUCAAGCGCUCACACUUAGAAGUACCUACCACAGAAGAUGAAGAAGAUCUGCUAUUUUCAUUUCAAGUACUUCCCUUGCAAAGGUUGCUAUUUGCAACGAACAAGUGCAAUUUUUUUGAAUUCAUAUCUUCAAUACCCGAAGUUUGCACAAAUUAACAAUGGAAAAUAUACAACCCUCAAAAAUCAUUCGAGUAAACUUUCUGAUAACCUUCUAUUUUCCUUGUUAGAAGGUGAAUCGCCGUGCAAAAUUUCCCCUUAAAACUAAAAUUUUUCUCAUUUCAGCUCGGAAAUUGAGAACGAUAUAUGUGAAAUUAUUGAAGAAAGUUUCCUCUCUGGUUCGUUUGGAGAAAGAAGAUUCGCGCCUUCGUUGCAGGACAAAGCGUAAAUCCCCAAAAAACGUUCCAGAACAUGGUCCUGCCGCGAAGGCGCGUAUCUUCUUCAAACUACGCAGCAAAGCAUUUUAACAGACUAAAUGAAGGUCCCUUAUGAGCCUUUCAGAAAAUAAACUCACUUCUCAUUUCCAGAACCACGCGGACAACUUUUGCAACACGGUGAAAUCGUUCGGAAAGGUCGUCUGGCCCUCUUUCAGUGACAACAAUAUGAUUGUUUGA